AUGUCAACCAUCGGACGUACAUUAAAGAAUUUUCUAAAGGUUGGACCUUCUAGUUACAUUAAACAAUUAGACACCAUCGGUGAUACUAAAUGGGGUCGUCUUGUUGGCACUGAUGUCAAUGGCAAUAAAUAUUUUGAAAAUCUUGAUGAAAUUUCCGGUCGUGAGCGUUGGGUUGAGUAUGCAAGUAGUCAACCUGAUAGUGGAGAUAUCACUCCUGAAUGGCACAUGUGGUUAAAUCGUCUUGUUCAAGAACCACCUACUGAAAUGAAUUACCAACCCAAGAAAUGGUGGAGUGAGCCCAUUCCCAACUUUUCUGGUACACCUAAAGCAUUCAAAACGUAUAACACUACCACAGGACAUUUAUUUAUUUUGUCAACAACAAUGUCAUUUGCAAAUACAAAACAACAAAUUCAUUCACUUUAUCGAUCUUACUUACGAUUGAUCAAAGAAUGGCCCAUAGAUAGAGUGAGACCUAAUCGAGACAUGAAGCAAGUGUUAGAAAAAAGAGUGGAGGAAUCAUUCCGAAGAGGAGGCAAUGCUAGUUUAGAUUUAAAAAGGGCUCGUAAAGAACUUGAAGCUUUAGAAAGCUUAUUAGAGAAUAAUUAUAAAGAAAAGUAUUCUAUCUCAGAUAAAAUCCUUAAACCAGCAGGAAAUCCCAAUUAUUAUUCAAAAUUGAUAUCUUCGUUAGAAGCAAGUAAAGAUAAGCAAAAAAGGAGUAUUUUUAUGAGAUUAUUUGGAAAAUAA